UUUGAACACCCAGAUAGUGGAGGGUUUAUCAUAUCUGCAAGGAAAAACGGGCAAUUCGCAUGCUGUCACCUCUCAGCGGUCAUUAUCGCUCAUUCAUUGACCACUUCAAGAGCUUUGAAAAAGGUUUUGAGGAACGAGGGGCUGAUUUGUCGAAGCUAGACAGAGCCGAAGUCGCGCUUUGGAUAUGGUGUCUGAGAUUGAAGAAAUGUGUUUCCUUAAGGGGACAAAGCCAAAGCGGACCUCCAUCCUCCCGUUGGUACUUUCCACCCGUUCCAUGCUAUUUCUGGGAAGGGAAAAGCUACGAUCAAGGAAAACCCGACCGUGGUGGACGUUAACCUCAAUAACGUGUUACAUAUGUUGAAACAAUGCAAGAUCGAACAGGCAUUUCUAACAAGGUAUAUAUGUUUCGUUUCUAUUCCUCUCGGUUAGGAUCGUAAUCCACAGGGUUUAUUGCAUUGCAUGCAAUGGAUGUCAGGCGGCAUUCUAAACUCUCAAUAUAUGAUCAUGCUUUGGACCAUUUUCCCUUGAUUCUCAUCACACUGACCGGCAACUUCGCCUAUGAGAUGAUUUAGAAUAUGGGUAUGGGGAGAUUCAAGCUCUUCACCUUUUCAUCGUAAUCUGUCCAUUCCUCUUCGCCUAUAUCUACCUCGAACUCCGUCCCGGAAUCAAUUCCAUUGCAUCUCCACGUCCCCUGAGAGGAAUGAGCAUCUACAAAGAAUAUUGGAAAGGAUGAACGAACCGUUGGAUCGAAAUCUAUAAACUCUAGACCCCUACAAUCGAGAAUCAAUAAGGGUUCCCACCCUCACCCCCAUCCUCG